AUGCCCCGGGGGAGCCGCAGCGUGGCCUCGCGGCCAGCUAGCCGCCCCGCCGCGCCCUCUGCCGCCCACCCGCCUGCGCACCCGCCGCCCUCGGCCGCGGCCCCGGCCCCCGCCCCGUCGGGCCAGCCCGGCCUGAUGGCGCAGAUGGCGACCACCGCCGCCGGAGUGGCCGUGGGCUCGGCUGUGGGCCACGUCGUGGGCAGCGCCCUGACUGGAGCCUUCAGUGGGGGAGGCUCAGAGCCCGCCCAGCCUGCCGCCCAGCAGGCCCCGGCGCGCGCUGCCCCGCCGCCCCUGCAGACGGGGCCCUGCGCCUAUGAGAUCAGGCAGUUCCUGGACUGCUCCACCACCCAGAGCGACCUGACCCUGUGCGAGGGCUUCAGCGAGGCCCUGAAGCAGUGCAAGUACAAUCACGGUCUGAGCUCCCUGCCCUAA